CGGAAUUUGGGAAUGACAGUUAGCUUUUACCAAAGAAGGCCGUGAUAGAGCUGACUAGUUUGUAUGGUUUGAAAGGCGGCUUGGUGCAGUCAAACGGGACCAAAAUAUACUAUUUUGACAAAAAUCUAAAGCGGUUGGUGUUCUGCUGGAUACCAGAGACACCUUGUGGUAGAUGUGAAGAUUGCGUUUCUUAUUUUCGAUCAAGACGAAGUGGAAGUGGAACUUCAAGGGGAAAACUCACAGAUGAUCUGAAGUUCAUAAAAGUGUUUGACAUGGCUACGGAAACAGAAUUGUUUGCUGGUAAUCAUUCUUUGCUUCAAUUAUAGCACACUUCUUCCUCAAUGUCAGUUUUAUAUAGGCUUUAAGUAAGUGGCAAUUGACCGCUAACUCUGCAAACAAGAGCUGAGAUUGUACAUUUCAUGCAUUCACAAAAUAAUAUCUAAAAUUGUUUUUCGUCGUGCAUUGCAGUUAAAUUAUUUAUAAAUGUAAAGUUGCUGCAAUAUUCACAGGGAAACCCCAUUUUUCAAGGCAACGUUUUAUUUUUCAUCACAGCACACGUUCUGUUAGAACGACACGUCAAUCUAUUAAUGGAAUAGUCUAAACUGGAACUUUGGGACGUUCCAUGAACGCUUCAAUGUAAUCUCUGGUGGACGACAGACUACGAGCAUCAGCAUUUGACCAAAUUAUGUGAGAUCAGUGCUUGACUUGGACUGAAAUAGGUGCCGGUACUCAUUUUGGGUGCCGGUAGUGUUUAUAUUUAGGUGCAGGAGCUCCACAAUACUUUUGAGCUAAUAUUCUACAAGAGGAACAGGAGUUCAAGCAGUAGAACAUUUGAGGUGCGGUACUCAGCUCCUGUCCAAAUCAAUCACUGUGCGAGAUUUUAGUUCUGGGUUAACCGAGAUCAAUGUAUCACACAGGUAUUCCGAAGAUUCCAUUUGUACCCAACGCUGGAGCUCGAGACGUCUUGUGUUUCAAACACUACAAUGCAGAAGAAGUAGGUGUUGCAAACUUGAGCUGUGUGUGUGUCAGGUGUCAUGGAAGUGUCUGUUGUCUUCCUGUUGCACAGUGAGACUCUACCUCCUUUACACACCUGAAUGAUCCCACCUGAGGUUUUCCCAGCAGACUUCAUGUAACUGUUUACCUGUGCAGGUGCUGCUGGGCAGAAAGAUGGAGGACUGGCUGAGAUUCUCAGUCUGUUACUGGCACUCCUUCUGUGGGACUGGUAAUGAAUGUUCACUAACACACAUUGAUUGCUUCAGGUCACUCUCAUUUAUACUGUACAUAGACUACAGAAACAUUUGUACAUUUAAUCCAAUAAAGCACUGUCUCUUUCAAUAGAAAACAACCCCGAUCUCUCAUCAUGGGUCUGUCAUGAUGACUUCAUGUGUAUUCUGUUUUCCUCCAUUCCACCCACCACCAGGUGCUGACCCUUUUGGGUUCCAGACCCUACACAGACCCUGGAAUGAGGGUGCUACCCCCAUGGAAUGUGCCAAGAAGAGACUCCAUGCAGCCUUUGAGUUCUUCACCAAACUUGGUGUGAGUGAACUUCCACUCAAAUACUGUACCUUUAAUACUUUAUGAUGUCUUUUAGAAUGUACUGCUUUUUUUAUAUAAACCAUAUUGAUUCAUGUGUAUGUUCGUUUCAGGUGAAGUACUACACCUUUCAUGACAGGUAUUGUCUCAUUGUUCCUACAGUAUCAAAUCAAUUGAUCUUCGGUAGAGAGACAUGGAUAUAGUGGCCGUUUAUGCCUUAAAGAAGUUGCACCCGUCCGAGAUGCUUGUUCUCUCACCCAUGGUCAUUGUACACUAACUGAUCUAUGUUACCCUCCUAUCCAUCCUGUUGUAUAGGGACAUGCCCCUGAGGGCAGCACUCUGGAGGAGUCCAACAGGAACCUGGAUGAGAUGACAGACCUGGCCCUGCAGCUGCAGAUUAGGACUGGGGUCAAGGUGCUGUGGGUCACCUGCAACCUGUUCGCUCACUCAAGGUCAGCUUUCCUCAUCAACCUUAGUCAUCUUUACACUCCAAAGUUUUGUCAGUUGUUUUCACACCUCAAAGUGGAAGAGAUGAUAAUUUGUUGUAGGCUGUAUAAUACAGGAUAUAUUGUAUAUUGCUAGCUAUAUGCAUUGUUUUUCACAAUAUUUAUAUCUAAUUGUCCGUAUUUCACGAUGAAGCCAUCUCUUUGCCAUCCGACUUGUAGCCUACAUUUCCUUUUUUUAAUGAUUUUUUUUAUUUAUAACAUAGGUACAUGAAUGGAGCAGCGACCAACCCUGACUGCCAUGUUUUGGCCUAUGCUGGGGCCCAGGUGAAGAAAGGACUGGAUGUAGCCAAGAAGCUGGGAGCAGAGAACUUUGGUGAGAUGAGAGACUAAAUGAUGUCUCAUAAUGAACCACCAUUAUUUCACUGAUCCUGUCGUUGCCAGCACCUAAUCUGGUUCAUGUAUUUUUGUCUCCUUGUGCAGUCUUCUGGGGCGGCAGGGAGGGUUUUUACUCGAUACACAACACUGAUGUUGGCACUGAACUGAAACACAUGGCAAACUUUUUCAAAAUGGUUGUCAGUAAGUAGCUAGCACUGCUGUGUGUGUAAUACAUUGUUACCAUAAUACUGUACCAACCAUUUGCAGAUGAUAACCUGAUUGUGUUAUUGUAUAUCAGAGUACAAGGAGAAGAUAGGGUUGAAGUGCCAGUUCCUUAUUGAACCCAAGCCCAAAGAGCCAUGCAAACAUCAGUAUGACUAUGGUAAGGCUUUUAGGUGUAUAACACAACAUUAACAUAAUGUACACAUUGUAAGGAUAUACUAUGUGGUUACUGUUGAACUAUGGAGGCCCUCAAUAGUCAGUUUAUCUGCCUUACGAACCACAUCUAACAAUUAGAUGCUAUAAAAUCUCUGAUGCCUUUAAUUUCCAUGUUACAUCUCUUUGUACAUGUUGCUGUUUCACCUUUAUAUAGAUGCCAUGAGUGUCAUAGGCUUCCUGAAGCACUAUGAAUUGGACAGCUACUUCAAGCUGAACAUCGAACCCAACCACACCACUCUGGCUGGGCAUUCCUAUGAACACGACGUCGUCAUGGCCUCUGUGUAAAUCGCCAUGUUGACUUUCACAUGUUGCCCAAUCCCAAUCCCAAACCGACCCCCUAUCCCCUGCUCUCUACCUCGAUGGACUUGUGUAGGUCUGAAGAGAUUGGAUAGGUUGAAUCAAGAUGUUAAUGCUCCACCUUUCCCUCUGAUAGGGUAGAUGUAAUGAUAGGGGAGGUAUAAUUUUCACCAUAUUUCUUACACCUUUCAGAAGUGCGUAGGGGCUAGUGGUCUUUUUUGGAUUGGGUGGUUGACGUCAUUCCUGGUAAUCUGGAUGUUCCAGUCCAGUUAACCUAAUAAACCUGUUGUUCUGGUGUGUAGGUUUGGCAUGCUGGGCUCUGUGGACUCCAACACGGGUUCUCCUGACCUGGGCUGGGACACAGACCAGUUCCCAAUGGACAUCAGGAACACCACCAUGAUCAUGAAGGUGCCGUAGAAGAUAAUGUACGCACACACACACACACACACACAAUUACUAAUAAACAUCAGUUAUUUUAUGACGAUACCUAUCAGAUAUCAGAACGUCAGCAGAAAGAACAUAAGAAAAUGAAUUGUUCUAUCCUCCCCAGACUGUGAUAGAGCAGGGUGGUCUGCAGCCGGGGGGUCUGAACUUCGAUGCUAAGGUGCGUAGAGAGUCCACGGACCUGGAGGACCUGUUCAUAGCCCACAUCGGAGCUAUGGACGCCUUCGCACGCGGCCUGAGGAACGCCGUCAGGAUCAUAGAGGAAGGAGUUAUCACCAGCAUGGUCAAGGUACUAAGACAAUAUAUACAUUCUAAUAUUCAUUAAUUCAUUAAUUCAUGCACUUAACCUUAUUUUACCAGGUAUGUUGGCAUUGCAAGGAGACAAAAUGUACUAUCUGUGCUAAAGAAUGCUUAUGUAUUAGCUAGCUAUAUAACACAACAUCGCUGUCUUCUGACAGGAGCGCUACAUGAGCUUCAGCCAUGGGAUUGGUCAGAAAGUAGAGGAUGGCAGCGCCUCAUUGGAGGAGCUGGAGGUGAGGUCACUAGUGGAAUAACAAUGUAGUACCAUCUCUAUAGCACUCAUGUGUUUGUAACAACGCUGUUGUUUCAAUGUCUACCAAAUCAGUAUAUGUUUUAAUGGGAGUUUUUGUUGUUUAUUCACAGGACUUUGUCAAGCAAAAUGGGGAGCCCAAAGUCACAUCAGGCAAACAGGAGAAAUAUGAAACAGUCUUUAACCACUACCUGUGAAGACUUGUUUGACCAUGAAACCCCUUGUCCUGAGUGGUAUAGUGUCCAUCCAGACCUUUCAUAAUCUUAUGCUUACACAGUGUUAUAGUUUCACGUGACUAACUAUUAUUACAGUUAUAGUAUACAUAAUUAAUCAGUGAAUGUGGACUAUUUUAAUGCACACUCCUGUAAUGUUGACAUAUGAUUAGAUUGUUAGGCCAUCAAUGGUAAAUACCAAAAAUAUGCAUUAAAUGGAGUUAAAAUUACAUGGCAUUUCAAAUACUGAAUUAAUGAAGGAAUUAAUUAAUAGAUCACUGAUCGAUUGGUAUAACUUUUCAUACUGGAGUUGAAUAAAAAUAAGCAAACCCUA